AUGAACGGCGGGUGGGCGGGAUCGCUGCCGCGCCACCGCGCAUGCGCAGCCGACUCCGGGUCACCUUCCCCGCGCUGGGCGCAGGCGCGCUGCGCUGAGUGGGGGGGGGAGAGAAGCGCGCGCGCGGGGCGCGCAGGCGCAGAACGAGCGGCCGGCGUGAGGGGAGAAGGCGAGGCGGCGGCGGCAGCGCCGAGCGCGGACAGCGAGCAGCGAGCGGACAGCGCGGCCGCCAUGUACCGGCACGUCACCGCCGCCGUCACCGCCGCCGGCCGCCUCCGCGGCAGCCGCCGCGGCGCCGCCCGGGCCGGCCCCGCCGCGCCGCCGCUACCGAGCGCGGCCGCAGGGGGCGUGGUUAUGCAAAUAGAGGGCGGGUUCACGCGGGGGCGGGGCUUCCGCAUGGGGGCGGAGCCGGGAGUCCCUGCCUGUCCCCCCCAGCUCCCCAAUUUCUUCCUGAAGAUCCCGGACUACGCCCUGUACGCCCCCGACGUGGAGUUCCAGUGCCAGCACCUGCACCUGCACACGCGGGGCCGCGCCAUGUACGCCGUGGCCGUGGCGCUGUGCCGGGCCCUGGCCUGGGGUUACUUUGCCAGCCUGAGGCUGGAGGUGCUGGCGCUGACGCGGCACCCCGAGGACUGGAGCGUGCGGGCGCGGUGGCGCCUGACGGGGCUGCCCCUGCACCUGCUGCUGCUGCGCUGGUACCGGCGGGACAAAUGGACCCUGCUCAGGUCCUACGACGCCUUGUCCACCUUCUUCCUCAACUCGCAGGGGCUCAUCCGCUGCCACCGCGUGGACAAGCUGAUGCCAGCCCCCACGGCCGUCCCCGAGCCCAAGAAGCUGCUGGUGGCCGCGGCGCUGGCGGUGGCGCUGGCCCGGCCCUGAAGCCACCGGGGAGGGGACACCCGGGCGCCCCUCCCCCCUCGGGUGUCCCCUCUGUCACCUGUCCCCUCCCCCCCGUCCCCUCCCCUUAAAUUAAUGUACAGAAUAAAGAGCCAGCGGUGACACGGGGA